AUCAAAAUCAUUGGAUCCAUCACAAAAUACAGUUCAUUCAACUGCAAAAGUACCUUUGAUCCCACCAACUCCAGUUUCAAAAAAUAGUAAUUCUCAAACUGUAAAAAAUUCGCUUUUGAGUUGGGAGACGGUCAGUAAAAGAAAAUCAGUUGCCUCAACAUCCACAGCGAUUUCAUCAUCCGCUUCUGUUCUUGAUAAAACUCACGAUUUUCGGUUUGGAGGGAUUGAGGUUGAGUGGUUCGACAAUUGCGAAGAGAAUAUGAAUGGCGACCAAAAGGAACAAAAUAUUGGAUCAUAUGCAAAUGCAGUUAAAGGCGGUCAAAAUGAAACUCUUAACAGUGACAACACCUUGUCAACGCAGUCAUCAAACGUACUGCCGCCGCAUGACCCGUCCUCUUCACAAACAAGUACGAGGACUAACAAACAAAAGACAAAGUCUAGUAACGAUAAAUUAACAAAUUCACCCGCAGGCAAAUUUGUUCCAUUAAAGUCCGGUACAACAAAUCUUAGCUGCGGCAUAUUACAUUUGUAUCGUGAUCCAAAGGAAAUUUUACCACCAAAUGAUAAUCAAGAAAGCGGCCUUGCACUAAGCGUAGAAGCGGAAGAAAAACAGGAUGAAUCUCUUAGCGUCUUGGGUAAUGAUGAUACCAUUCUAGCGGUGUUGGCAGUACCUUCAUAUUUGAGUGCGUCAGAUUUUUUGGGUUUUGUUGCACCUGUACAGCGAUUUGUGAGUCACUUUAGGUUUAUCAGAGAUUCGGCACCUAAUAAAUUUAUAGUGUUGAUGAAAUUCCGUCACUCACGGGCAGCUAAGGAUUUUUAUAAGCAAUAUAAUGGCCGUCCAUUCAGUUCUAUGGAGCCUGAAAUCUGUCAUCUCGUCUAUAUAAAGUCCAUCGAAUUUAAAUCUACGUCAAUUCCACCUUACAUAUUUCCUUUUCUACAUGAUCCCUUUUCACCUUCCGCGCAAGAAGUAUCUAAAUUACCAGCGGGCAAUGAUCAAAUUCAAAAAUCGCCAAUCUUAUACGAACUUCCAACCUGUCCAGUGUGUCUUGAAAGAAUGGAUGCCUCUGUCACUGGGCUGUUAACAAUCUUAUGUCAACACACAUUUCAUUGCAAUUGCUUAAGUAAAUGGGGAGACAUAUGUCGCUAUAGUCAAAAACACUACGACUACGAUCCAUCGAUGGAACAAAAUGAAUGUGGGGUAUGCGGUGCCACCGAGAAUCUAUGGAUAUGUCUCGUGUGUGGCAAUAUUGGCUGCGGACGAUAUCAAGAAGCACACGCAUAUUGUCACUACAAAGAAACAUCUCAUUUAUAUGCAUUGGAGUUGGAAACUCAAAGAGUUUGGGACUAUGCCGGUGACGGAUACGUCCAUCGCCUCAUACAGAAUAAAUCGGACGGUAAACUCGUAGAACUACCAAGUCCAGACGCUCACCCUCAGAUGCAACAAUCAAACACUGACCAAGUCGUUCAGCAAGAAAAAUUAGACGCCAUAGGAUUGGAAUACAGCUACCUCCU